UUUCUAAAGAGAAGAAACGUCAGUGAGUUUAGAGAGAUCCGAUCUGCGGAUGCGACCUCUGUAAAUGUGAAGCAAACAAACAAAAAAAAAACAAAAGAGAGAAAAAUGGUUUGGGAGAAAGAGAGAAUCGUGGGAACUUGUCUACUCGGAGGAGCCGCCUUCGCCGUCGGAGCUUCCUUCCUCCACCUCUUCCUCAAAGGCGACCUUCCUCUAGGCUUAGGGUUAGGCACAUGUGUGCUUUCCCCAUUCAGAAAACGCAAACCCGUCCGCGUCUACAUGGACGGCUGCUUCGACAUGAUGCACUACGGCCACUGCAACGCGCUGCGCCAAGCGCGUGCUCUCGGCGACCAGUUGGUCGUCGGAGUUGUUAGCGACGAAGAGAUCAUAGCUAACAAAGGUCCUCCCGUUACUCCUCUUCAUGAGAGGAUGAUAAUGGUGAAGGCGGUGAAGUGGGUGGAUGAGGUUAUACCUGAUGCUCCUUACGCCAUCACUGAGGAGUUCAUGAAGAAGCUGUUUGAUGAGUAUCAGAUUGAUUACAUUAUCCAUGGGGACGAUCCUUGCGUUCUUCCCGAUGGCACUGAUGCUUAUGCGCUUGCCAAGAAGGCUGGGAGGUACAAGCAGAUUAAGCGUACUGAAGGAGUCUCCAGCACUGAUAUCGUUGGUCGCAUGCUUCUUUGUGUGAGAGAAAGAUCUGUUAGUGAUAGUAAUAGUCAUUCCUCUUUGCAAAGGCAGUUCAGUCAUGGGCAUGACAGUCCAAGGUUUAAAGACGGAGUUUCUUCUGCUGCUGGUACUCGCGUCUCGCAUUUUCUUCCUACUUCACGCAGGAUUGUUCAGUUCUCUAAUGGCAAGGGGCCAGGACCUGAUGCACGUAUAGUUUACAUAGAUGGUGCGUUUGAUCUUUUCCAUGCUGGCCAUGUUGAGAUUCUCAGGCGUGCUAGAGAGCUGGGAGACUUUCUUCUUGUUGGAAUACAUAAUGACCAGACCGUCAGUGCUAAAAGAGGAGCGCACCGCCCAAUAAUGAAUCUCCAUGAAAGGAGCUUAAGCGUUCUGGCAUGCCGCUAUGUAGAUGAGGUGAUAAUUGGUGCUCCAUGGGAAGUGUCAAAAGAUACGAUCACAACAUUUGACAUUAAAUGGGUAGUUCAUGGGACAGUAGCCGAGAGCGAUGACUUUCAAAGGGAGGAAGAGAAUCCGUAUGCAGUACCAAUUAGCAUGGGGAUAUUCCAAGUUCUAGAUAGCCCUCUUGAUAUCACAACAUCAACCAUAAUCAGGAGGAUUGUAGCGAACCAUGAAGCCUAUCAGAAACGUAAUUUGAAAAAGGAAGCUAGUGAGAAGAAGUACUACGAGCAGAAGGCUUUUGUGUCUGGCGACUGAUAGACUCAAAAUCUGUAAAAGGUUAGAAGCUUUGCAAGACCCAUUUUCUGGAUGCAGUUUCUAUGUAGGAUGUUUCUGGAUGAGACUACAUAUGACUCUGUCUGUUCUCUAGUUUACAGUUUACAUAAAGAGAGGCAUUGAUGGUUUUAGCACCAAUUGCCUUUCUUUUAGUUUCUUUCACUUUUUUUUGGGAUGUUUCAUUAUGUUUUUUUUUUUAACUUUGGUUUUUGCGUACUGCAAAUAUUUACAGGAUUGUAUCUGUUUAGUGCUUUACUAUCUCGAAAUAAAACAAGGAACUCCGUUAAAUGAUAAGACAAGUCAACAAAGA